AUGUCAGGCGGCGUAGGCCCCACCAGCGAUAUCGUUCUUCCAAAGGAAGAACAAGACCAGGAGCCUAAUCCAAUCAAUCCAAUCCCCUCCCAAGACCGCCAAAGCCUCCUCACGUUCCGCCAGCUCAACGCUCUCGCUGUUGUCACUGUCUUCUCCGCCACUGGAAUGGUCGGAAUCGAAGACUGCGCUUUCGCAAUCUUCUCCUUCUUCUACAUAUACUUCUUAUCAAAAGCCGCCUUCCCUGCCCUAACCCCACGAGCCGAACCGCCCGUCUUCGGCAAGAGCCGCCUCCUAGGCGUCUACGUCGCAAUCGGGGCCCUGAUCGGCCUCUUCCUCCCGAUCGGAUACAUCUUUGAAGGGAUCUAUGAAGGAGAUAAGGAAGGCAUCAAAGCAGCCGCUCCACAUGUCUUCCUCCUCUCUGCCCAGAUCUUCAUGGAAGGCAUGACAUUCUCCCACCGCUUCUCGUUGCCGAUCCGGGCAUUCGUGCCUGUCUUCUACAACACGAAGCGGCUUUUCACGAUUGCCGAAUGGUUGAAGACUGAGAUUGGGAAGGCAGAAGAGGAGCACGGAUCGACGAUGAGAUUGCACGUCGGGCAGGGACUGGCAGUGGCAAAUCUGGUGUUCUGGUCUUUCAAUCUGUUUGGGUUCUUGCUGCCUGUCUACUUCCCAAAAGCUUUUCAGAAGUAUUAUUCUCCUAAGGUAAAAGAUUGA